GAAGAGGCGGAGAGGAUGGCGUUCGAUAGGGAGUCGUUCUCUCGGUUGCUCCGAAGGGUGACACUGGCGGAGGCGCGGCUGUUCGGCAAGAUGGCUUACCUCUGCAGCCUCGCCUACAUCACUCCAAAUAUCAAGCCAAAAGGCCUCCUUAAGCGCUAUGCUUUGCGGUUCGUUACCUCUUCAUUUGAUCAAAGAGGGAAGUCUUCAGCUUCUGAUAAAAAGCAGACUCCAGUUCAGGAUCAAGAACUCGAGGAGAUCAGUCAAGCAGAAGGGAGCAAUGAAACGAGGCAAAAUAGUAGUGAAAGGAAGGAAAAUGGUACUGGUAUAAAUGAUUUUGUGGCUUAUCGAAUUGCAGCUUCUGCUGCCUCCUACUUGCAGUCCAAGACACUGGGCAUUCUUCCCUUCAAUUCUGCUAAAUCGGAAACGAACAAGGAUCCAACUGAGGAAAGUGGAGAAAAUGAAGAAAAAGGUACAAUUAAGAGUCUCAAGGAGAUGUCCUUUGUGGCCACUACAAAUUCAGUAACCGCCGUGGUUGCUGGGAAGGAAGAGAUGAAAGAUGCCGUUGCAAAGGACUUGAACUCGGCGAAGAAUUCACCUUGUGAAUGGUACAUAUGCGACGACGACAGCAGCAGUACCAGAUAUUUUGUCAUUCAAGGUUCUGAAUCGCUGGCUUCUUGGCAAGCAAAUCUCCUAUUUGAACCUAUCCAAUUUGAGGGUCUAGAUGUGCUUGUACACCGGGGAAUCUAUGAAGUUGCUAAGGGAAUGUAUCAACAGAUGUUGCCCGAGAUCAAAGCUCACUUGGAGUCUCAUGGUGACUCUGCAACUCUGCGCUUCACUGGCCAUUCUCUUGGUGGAAGCCUUGCGCUGCUUCUAAACCUCAUGUUAAUCAUACGUGGAGAAGCACCUGCUUCGUCCUUACUGCCCGUUAUAACAUUCGGUUCACCAUCUAUCAUGUGUGGAGGUGAUUCUUUGCUUCACAAAUUGGGUUUGACUAGAAGUCAUGUCCAAGCUAUAACAAUGCAUAGAGAUAUUGUUCCUCGAGCCUUUUCUUGCCACUAUCCUGAUCAUGUUGCUAAGAUUCUAAAGGCGGUGAACCACAACUUCCGCAGGCAUCCAUGUCUAAUGAAACAGAAACUGUUGUAUGCUCCUAUGGGAAGACUAUUGAUCUUACAACCUGAAGAUGAGUUUUCACCGCACCAUCACCUUCUUCCACCAGGCAGUGGUCUCUACAUCUUUGGCAAUUCAUCAACGGAUUCAGAUGACUCUGAAAGGCUACUGCAGGCUGCACGGUCAGCGUUCAUCAACUCUCCCCAUCCUCUCGAGAUUCUCAGUGAUCGCACCGCAUAUGGCUCUGAAGGGGCGGUGUCUAGAGACCAUGACAUGCGUUCCUACUUGACGUCUGUCCGUGCGGUGAUCCGCCAUGAAUUAAUCCUUAUCAGAAAGGUGAAGAGGGAGCGAUGCCGCCGCAAGGUCUGGUGGCCUCUUUUGAUCGCAGUGGGUUCCGACACCACUAAACGGCAUUCCGGCUUUAGCAGCUUUUUCCUAGGGGAAAGGAAUCAAUGAAGCUAUUGGGCUGGCUGAUAGCAUCAAGGCAUGUGCAUAUGCUGGUUAUCAUUUCUUUUCCCCCAAUUGUUACUCUUUGGAACAUUAUUUGUCGUCGAUGUAUAAUUGUUUUCUGGCUUGCAUUCUUUAUUCAUUGUACAUGUUCUUUGAGUAAAUUUGGAAUUGAAAGAAGAAAUACGUUUAUGAAAAAUAGAGAUGGAUGUUUUCGAAUUGCAGCAGAA